GACCAUGUUCUCGGUGAGUGAUGCUGAGGGCGCGGUCGUGUAGACAAGCUUUGCCUUCUUCAUCGGGGAUGCUGAUUCCCGCUGCGGCAGCGUGACGCUUGUGGCGCAUGAACACUUCCGCCUGCACGAACCCUGGUAAACACACCGUCCACACUGUGCACACCCAUGUAGGCCAAACCAUCCCCCAACCACUCCCCCUCACCACCACAACCCUCCACACACCAUGGCCCCCGCCCUCCAAAUCUCCAUCCCCACAACCUCCACCGCCACCCCGCCCAACAGCAAACCCUACACCCAAUACCACGUCACCCUGCAACUGCCCCUACGCAAACACGAAGUGCGCAAACGCUACACCGACUUCCUCCACCUCCACGAAGCCCUCAUAUCGCAAACCAGCCAACCCCCACCCGCGCCUUUACCCGCCAAAUCCUGGCUCCGACGCACCGUCAACAACGACGCCUUGACCGCAGAACGGCGACAAGCGCUGGAGAAGUACCUCCGCGCCAUCAUCGAGUCGGACGACGGUCGAUGGCGAAGUAGCAGCGCAUGGCGGACCUUCCUCAACCUGCCCAGCGGGACGAGCACGGUUGGCGCGGACGGGAAACUUAAUGCUGGUGGUGGAGGCGGGGGCGGCAUCACAGAUCCCACGCAAUGGCUGGAAACGCACCGGGACCUGAAAUCGCAGAUCCAGUCCGCACGGCAGAAACUCAAACAGCGCGAAGCCGCGACCACCGCGGCGGAACAACACUCCCUCUCCGCGGAAGCGAAGGCCGGGCUCGUGCGCGCGGCCACGACGAUCGCGCAGUUGGAGGAGGGAUUGCGGGGGCUGGGCAAAACGAGCGAGGAAGCGGGCUGGGGUGGCGGUGGGAGCAAACGGCUGGGCGAGGGCGAGGUGAGGCGGAGGAAGGAUUUACUCGGGGCGGCGAGGAAGGAGGUGGAGGGGUUGGAGGGGUUGCUGAGGAGUAUGGCGACUUCUGCUGGCAAGGCGGCGAACGGGGGGACUUCUUCGUCAUCUGGCGGACCGGGCUCGGGAGGGGCGGUGGCAUCCACGGCCGAUAAAGAAGCGCUGUGGCGCGGUCACGGCCCCGCAAAACCCAGCGGUCGCGUGUUGGGGGCUCCGCUGAAGGAGACGGAGCGGACGCGGGAGUUGGAUAAUGGAGGGGUGUUACAGUUGCAGCAACAGAUCAUGCAGGAGCAGGAGGAAGACGUGCUGAGUCUGGGCAAGACGGUGGCGAGGCUCAAGGAUAUGGGGAUCAUGAUUAAUGAGGAGUUGACGAUCCAGAAUGAGAUGUUGGGCUUGCUGGAGGGGGAUGUGGGGAGGGUGCAGGGGAAGGUGGAUGUGGCGCGGAAGCGGAUUGGGAAGAUUAGUUGA